AUGGCUGGGAUAAACAAUACCAAUGAGCCAAGCACAGCGCCGCAAGCCGAUCGGUGGUACAAUUUAACUCUAGGCUCAUCCUUCAAGGAUCACAAUCCCUCCAAAUUUCGCACCUUCCGAUAUGAGUUCAAGCCAGCUUCGAUUGAUAAGAAUCAGCAUGGUACAUUGCACAAGAGCAAGGACAACAAGGUCACAGUCGAGUUCCAAAACAUACAGCCCGGGAAGCCCAAGAUGAUUUUUGAGGGAACGAGUGAGGAUUACAAAGACAGUGAUGCUGUUCUCUUCUUUGAUGGUGAGUCCUUCCGGUUAGAACGGUUGCACAGUGCGGUGAAGAGGCUGAGACAUAACAGGAUGCUGAGUGAAUCCGCUGGACUAACUUUUGGUCCUGCGGGACCUUCAGAAGCGAGUUCUCCGCCUGUUGGGAAAGGGGUCAAGCAUCAACUGGUGAACAAGGAGAUAUAUCAUCCUGCGCCUGUUGAAGUUGAACGAAUUGAGAUUGGUAAUUUCAGAAACUCAGACCCAAAAGUCAGAGCAGACGAAACCGUAGAGCACGGCCCAACUCCCCAACCAAACCCAUCACCCGACCCUAAGAAGGAUGACGAUGAUGAUGACUUGGACUUGGACUUGGACUUGCAUCUUGACAUCAUGAACGAUGAUGAAGAAGACAACAUCAAUAACAGUAGUAAUAAUGUAGAAGGUAGCAUAGAAGUGAAAGAAAUCGAUUUUGAUAUCAACGUGCCAGCUCAGCAAGCAAACACGGACGACGAGAUUGCAGAUGUUGAUGUCAACGAUGAUGAGGGGGGCCCCAAUGCGGCUGAGGCCCUGAGGUUACAGGUGAUGAACGCUCAGGAAAGACAAAGCUCCAGCUCGGGAAGUAGCAGCGGAGGGAGUGACAGUAGCGAAAGUGGGAGCGGGAGUGGAAGCGCAAGUAGUGCAAGUGGGAGUGGCAGUAGCGAAAGCAGUGAUGCGGACUCGGUGAACUCAAUUUGA